CCCUUCUUCCCCCCUGGGAAGGGGGGCGUGGAGGGAGCCGGGAUCAGCCAGGGGCCAGCAUGAGCCUGAGGGAGGGAAGUCUGGAAGACCCCCAGGCUGACUCCUCAGUCUCAUUCCUUCCUCACUUGGAGGCCAAGAUCCGUCAGACACACAGCCUUGCCCGCCUCCUCACCAAAUACGCUGAGCAGCUGCUCCAGGAAUAU